GGUCGUCGGACCAUGUCCAGUCCAUAUCCAUUUCUAUAACCAGUCCAUGGCCGCCAGCAUCUUCGGCGCAUUCCUUCUCCCCAAAAGCUGCUCAAUUUCUACAGAAAAUCCGAGAAGGAAAGGAGCUGAGAGAUCGGGAAAAUGGUAGGCAAUUAUCGUAAAUGGGCUUAUGUCAGGAUCAUCACCGGCACCAUCGUCGGCGGCGUUCUCGGCUUCUACGUAAUGCACCGCGUUGAAGUUGGCUAUAAGGAGAAGGUGAAAGAGAGGUUAAGACAAUAUGAAGAAGAACUGAAGAAGAAGGAGCAGAUGAAAGAACUUGAAGAUUCGCUAUAGUAGUGUGAGUGUCUGUACAAUUUUUCCUAUCUGCCCCGGGGGCUGGAUCCCCUGAUUACAACACACAGCCAUAAAUGAAGGUCGAGGGUGGUUUUGUGCGUCAGCUUUAGAAAUUGACCUCAUAAGAACACUCUAAUUAUAACUUGUUGCCUGGUUCAAGCGUUUCCCUAACAAGAUGAAUUAGGGCACUGGCGUUUAGAAGUGGGUUUGGCAAUAAGAUAGUGUAGGCCGAAUAGAGAAGAAUUAGGUUGCAAAAUUUGUUUCUCAUUUCUGAAUUUUUCAUUGAUUAACGGCCUGAGAUUUUGUUGCAUUACUGAUUCAUGAUUCAUUUCUUUGGACUGCAAUGUAAAUUUAAGAUGAUUCAUGUCAAGCCUACUGUCUUUUGUGCC